GUUAUACAAAGGCCUGUGAUUGGUGGAGUGUUGGCGUGAUUCUCUACGAGAUGGUGAUUGGUCAGCCUCCAUUUUAUGCAAAUUCCCCUGCAGAAACGCAGUAUAAGGUGAUAAACUGGAAGGAGACACUAUCCAUUCGUCACUGUACCAACAUUUCUCCAGCAACCACCGAUCUGAUUCUUCAACUCCUGCAAGGUCCAGAAACCAGGCUCGGCCGUAACGGUGCCUCUGAGGUCAAAGAGCAUCCCUUUUUCGCAGGGAUCAACUUCCAGGGGUUACGUCGACAGCCAGCACCCCUUAAACCCACCAUACGCUAUCUGACAGACACUUCAAACUUUGACCCAGUUGACCCAGAUAAACUGCGGACUAUCGACUCUGAUGCCUUGAAAAAGUUCGACUCAAAACUAGAAAAUGGAAAGCAUCCGGAACAUGCAUUUUUUGAAUUUACUUUCCGGCGGUUUUUUGACGAUGGUGGUCAUCCUUGCACUGUGCCUUCCCCGCCAGAUCUUGAGUCGAAUUCUCCGGUGUAUGUGUAA